CGGCCCGUGGGUCAUAGUUUAAGGCAACUAAAGGUAAAUCUAUCUCUUUCUACGAUAAAGUAUUGAAAAUCUCAUGACACAGCACGUGCGCUGCUCCCCCAUGGUGGGUGGUGGGACACGAGACUUGGCCUUUACCAAAGAGAAGAAAACCUUCAGCUGCUCUUCCAUUCCCACUAUUUUCACGGCGACCAUGCGAGAACUUGGAAGCUUGCUUAACAGAGGAGUUCCCUUUGCUAUCGCAUCAGGCACCCUCCAACAACAUCAAAGAAGAGAAGGCUCUUUUCUUUUGGAGGAGAAAUGGAACAAGAUGACUAUCUGGAGAUAGGAGAGCAAGCGCCUUUGAUUGCUAAGAGUUGUUCAUCGGGCCAUUGCAAUGAUACUACUUUGAAGGAAGAACAUGAUGAACCUCUAUUUCCAUAUAGAUACAACAUUAAUAAAGCUCCGACAAUUAUUUUGGGAUUUGAAUGCUUGGAGAGCACUGCUUAUUAUGGAAUCGCGACAAACAUGGUUGUAUAUCUUGGCACCGUCCUAAAUGGCAGUAACGCUUCAAAUGCAUCAAAUGUUGCAAUUUGGGGAGGUACAUGCUAUUUCACACCGCUGAUUGGAGCUGUACUAACUGAUAGUUUCUUGGGAAAUUACAAGACAAUUUUGGUCUCUCUUCUAAUCUAUCUCCUAGGGGUGACGAUGAUUACCUUGUCUGCUUUAACUCCAUCACUGAAGGUACCUUCAUGUGAAGAAGGUUCAUGUCAUUCAGCAAAUGGAGGUCAGACUCUUGCAUUCUUCUCUGGUUUGUAUCUUGUUGCAUUCGGCAGUGGAGGUGUCAAGGCUGCUCUGCUUCCCUUCGGCGCAGAUCAAUUCAGUGAUGACAACAUCGAAGAAAGACAAAGGAAAAGUUCUUUCUUUAGUUUGUUUUAUGUUUGCUUGAAUAUUGGUGGUCUAUUUUCAAGCACUGUGAUAGUGUGGAUACAGGAAAAUUUAAGCUGGGCACUCGGCUUUGGUAUCACCGCAGUGUGCAUAGCUAUAGCUUUAGUUGGGUUUUUGUUAGGAACACCGGCAUAUCAUUUGCGAGCGCCAAGUGGGACGAGUUCGUUGAAGAGUGUUCUUCAGGUUGUGAUUGCUGCAUUCAGGAAGAUUCGGUUGGAAGUUCCUCUUGAUAGCCGGCUCUUAUACGAGGUGGAUGAUACAACUGCACAGAAUUUCGGACGCCAAAGACUAGCACAUUCCGAAGAAUUCAGAUUUCUAGAUAAGGCGGCUAUAGUCACAGACUUUGACCGAAAGGGCACAAAUCUUUGCAAUUCUUGGAGGCUUUGUACAAUAACUCGAGUCGAAGAGGCAAAGAUACUCGUUCGUUUGCUGCCAAUAUGGAUAGCUGGUGUCAUCUUUUCAGCUGCAUAUUGUCAAAUGGCAACUACUUUUAUCCAGCAAGGGAGCGCGAUGAACACAAAGAUCAAAUCCUUCUCGGUUCCUCCUGCUUCUCUGUCUUCCUUUGAGGUUGUCAGUGUUAUGGCCUGGGUCCUGGCUUACAACAAAAUCAUAGCACCGGCGACAAGAAGAAUUUACAAUAAUGAAAUGGGACUUUCUCAGCUACAGAGGAUCGGGAUCGGUCAAUUUAUGAUGAUCUUGGCAAUGGCAACAGCUGCAUUUACAGAGUCCCGAAGAUUACACAGCGCCGAGGCUGGUGCAGAAUUAACAAUCGCUUGGCAACUGCCCCAGUACUUCAUCGUGGCCGGCUCCGAGGCCUUCUGCUUCAUCGCACAGCAUGAAUUCUUCUACAGCCAGGCACCUGAGAUGAUGAAGAGCAUGUGCACAGCUAUCUCAUUGCUUGCCAUCUCGCUGGGAAGUUACUUGAGUUCUCUUAUCUUGACACUCGUGGUUCGAUUCACGGCGAAUGGAGGAAGUCCAGGGUGGAUACCAGAUGAUCUGAACAAAGGCCACUUAGAUUUUUACUUCCUGUUGCUAACAAGCAUCUGUACAUUGAAUCUCACAGCUUAUGUUUUCACGUCGAGGAAUUACAGGCCGAAGCAGGUCGUGCGGCACACACUUUGACAUUUGAGUUCUUUCCUGAGACUGUUACAAAGAUCUUUUAAAUGCCACAAUUAUAAUUUUAGACGAAGAUCUACUGUUCCCAGAAUGAAGAUGUUUAAAAAGAGCAGAUUGUAACAUGGUGGAGCCAUCGUAUCCUCGGAUAAAGCCAACAAAGAAUGAUUUUUUAGACCAUGAACUGGAACAAAAGGGUAGUUUAUGAGUCCACUCUCUCAAAGGAUGUGUCCCCUCUGAUGGCAAUGCCUACCUACUCACUGUUCAGGCUUCAGCUCUGCCCCAUGCCAUCAAUGAACAAUGUGCAUUCCUGCAGGAAAAUAAACAAUCAUUCACACAACGUAAGGAUUUGAUUAUUGAGAACCAUGUUCAAGUACAGAAUGUGGCCGCUGUCGAAGCGAGGAGAGUAGGACCACUGAGCAAAGGAUUUCAAUUUGCUUUAAAAUCGAUUGAAUGAGAUGGGGAAAAGCGACUAAAAACAAGGGAGAAGAGACAGAACGAAUUGGUGCCUGUUUCUAUGAGAAAAGCAAAAGCAGCAGCGUGGCAGUUUCGUAAUUAAUGCUAGGGUUGAACGGGCAUACCUGCGUUAUCGAAGAAGAAUAAAAAAUAUCUCGAAGAUUCGGUGCGGUCACCCGCGGGACACGGGGAGGGCUACCGCACCACCGCCUUCGCCGUCGCUAUCCUGCUCCGCAACGCCUUGAUAGGGCUCGGGAAGUGCCACCGCAACCGCUUCCUUAUUCCCUCCGUUUCCGCUCCGGCGCCGGCGUCAGGCAAGUGCCCGGCGGCCACUGACCUCGAUCUGUAGAGAUUGGGUUGUUUUGUGUCCUCCAUCGGCUGGUUUCGCCUCCAGAACGGCGCCCAAAUCUUGGGCCCUCGCGACCUCGAAGGCGAAGGCUCCACGUCGGCGGCCGUCGGCUUCGACCUGAGAAGCUGCAACCCGACCGAUCGCGACCGCUGGAAGGCCGGCUCGCGCUCGAUGAGACGCAUGACGGGCCCGACCGCGCCGAUCUCCGCGCCGUCGCCUCUCCGAGAGCCGGAUCUGAUGGGCUCGGCGGAGGAACGGGAAGAAAAAGAAGAGGAGGAGGAGGAGGAGGAUGCGAAGCUACCGCAAAUGCAGGGGCGGGUGCGGGCGCAAUCAGGGCAGAGAAGGAGGAGGCGGUCGCGGAGGCAAGCGGGGCAGACGCCGUAGCGAGGCUGCGACAGGUGCCGCCAGCACUUCCACCCGGCCUCUUCCCCAUUCGCCUCCACAACUCCGCCGCCGUCGUCCUCUUCCUCUCGCCACAGAACCACCUCCGAGGCAUCGGCCGAGGAUCUCCGGUCGCCCCUCAUCGCGCCUCGGCCUCCACUUCUCUGCUUCGACAUAGUAGAAAUCCCACAGCACGCGGGUACUGAGGUAGUAGCUUUUUAGAGCGGUCCCAUAUAUAGGCGUUGGGCGGUGAUGUUUUGACCUGUACACCGCGGUACACGGCACCAAGAUCAGGGACCAGGGUUAGUGACCCUGAUGUAUAGUCUAAUUUAAAAUUAUUAUUAUUAUUUAAAAAAUACUUAAAAAUUAUAAAUUUAUAAAAAAAUAUAAAGAAUGAUUGUACUU